CCGAGAAGUCGGCUGUGGAUUCUCCGGGAAUAAACCACAGCGGCGCCGGAAGCUCCUUUCCGCUACGUCGGAGUCGUUUGCCAAUUCGUUGCUUGUGCCUCUCUUCACUACUAGAUCUCGAGAAGUCAGCUGUAGAUACUCGGCAAAUAAACCAUUGCGGCGCCGGAAGCUCCUUUCUGCUACGUCGGAGUCGCUAGCCAAUCCACCGUUUUCCGCCUCAUGAAACAAAUGGGGUUUGAAGGAGCAGGGCUGGGGAAAGAUAAGCAGGGGAUCAAAGGAUACGUUAGGUGUUAGAAAAAGAAAUGCACUGGAGAAGGUUGGGGUCACAAGUAUGGCCUGGUCUCUGGAGGUUUUCUUGGAGCAGAAUCUAGAAAUAAAUUGUUCUGAUGCUCAAAACUGGUGAAGCUCAUAAAUGAAAUGAGAAUUGUUGGGUUCACUACUAGCCCCAGCAAAACCAUGUGUGCCGAUGAGGAUUCUUUUGAAGAAUUUCACUCACUUGAUGAAUACUUGCUGUUAAUCUUAUCCUUUUUCUCUUCAAAGAAAGAUGUGCUUACCUGUGUGAGACAAAAGCACAUAGCUUACCGUUAAUGAUCUCAGGAUCUGGAUGUAUAAAAUGAAGUUGAAUUAAUUUGAAUAUUUAAUCACUCAACCUGUAAUACGUAGAUACUGCUGAUGAAUGUUUGUAGAGUUGGAUCUGACAAUUUUUUCUUUUUCCACAGCUCGAAGGCCGCUGAAAAUUUUUUUUGGAUACAAGGCUAGUAAGAGUAAGUCCAUCUUCAAGAAGUGUUUGGAUUCUGAUGCUUCUCUAACGGCCUGUGCAUGCAGAUCAGUAUGGAGUACCACCUAUUCUAGUUUUAUGUCGGGCAUUUAAUUCAGGGCUAGUUUAACAAAAGGGUAGCUUUUUUGACAUUUGUUUAGAGGAGCACCCUUCUGCUCAUUGUGCCGAUCUUUGUUUUGGGCCGCAAGAACUCUAGCGUGAGCCGUAGCUACUAGGCCUAAAAAUAAAUUCGGAUUAACCUUUUAGGCCCAUAUAAUAUAUCCUAGGGUGCAAUAAAGAAGUUUUGAACCCAUUUUAGUUUGUAUUGGGCCAAAAAUAUUUAAUGUCUGAAGGCACGAGCAAAGACGGUCGUAAAGAACCUAUAAUAAAUACACGUUGGGUGUUUCCAAAAUAAAAAGUAAGCAGAUUAUAAUUGCAGACUGGAUGCUUGUCAAUAUAGAUAAAACCAAUUUGCAGACCGCGUAAAUCGGCCCAUAAGAAUAUGUAAUGACAUCAAGAUGCGAGAGAGAGAAAGGAAUGAAAGGGCGUAAAGAGGAGGAGGAAGAUAUAGUUAGAAAUGAUCUAUGACAACAAAACUAUAAGACAAAACGAGUGGAACUUGAGUAAAAUGAAGGCAAUUAUGAAAAAGCAUUGCUCUUCUAGGACCAUGUUGAUUAAACAAUUUAAAUAUACUCACAUUAGAUAUCCUUGCCACAAGCACCCAUUAAUAUCUUUUUCUUUUUGGAAUUUAACAACUUCAAGUUCCAAACACAUAGUUCUACUAUAAGAAGACUACAUGUAACACAAAAAGGCAGAGUGCUUAGAAGACUGAAGACUGAUCAAUAGACCACACAAACAGUUCAACUAUAAGAAGACUACGUGAUAAGUAGUAUUUUGGGCAGAUGAAUAAUUUGGGAUACAGGGGACAAACCUGUAAGAUUCUGGAAGAGAGCAAGCUUUUAGCAAUUUGCAACUCCCAUGUCUUCAAUGGAGCUAAAGACUGUUCAGGUAUUAGUCAUAGAUCAUCACCUUACAAUCCCAACUGCAUGAUGUUGCAAGCUAAAUCAAAGGUACAAAUAAUUAAUGUCAACAUCGUCAAGUUACAUCCUAAAGGACCUAAAAUGGAAGAAAAUGGCUAUAUCAGCAUGACUUGAAGAAAGCAACAUCUUUGGAAGUAUUUUGAUAAGUGAGAGGCUUAUAGCCAUUUUCCAUGGAUGGGGAUUGCCAGAUGAUGUAUAUCGUAAUGUAAAUUUUCCAACACAUUGAGUUAGUAGACCAAGGCAAGAGAUUGGGUAUUAUGUUUAUGUACAAUGCGAGAAAGAAGAAAAGUAAAGGCAAUUAUAAUGCUUGAAGCAGCAAACACCCAGCCACAAGUCCUAUAUGAGAUGUCAUGAUCCCAAGACAGUAACAACUACAUUGAAGCAAUGCUACAACAUCUGUGGCACCAUGUUUUGAGCAAUUUAUACAUUAAAAUAAGCCUAAGGUGAAAAUGCACUGAUACUGUUCAUUCCAAACAGAGAGAUGGAUUCCCUAAGAUGCAGUGAUUCUGAAAGAAACACACAUGUAAAGAUAUGUAGGUGUGAAAUGAGAAAAGACAAGUAUGAGAAUUCAUAUUUCUAAACCACAACAUGACUUCCUGUUCUGACUAAUUUUUCACCAAUCUGAAUUCUGACCCUUAAAUUCAACCCUCGGACAUGGUGUUUUUAAUAACUUAACAUUGAUUUGAAAUUUGGCAACACGGGUAUUUGUUAAACUUAUCAAUCCUCACCACUUCCAUGUGAUAAUUUUUCCACCCCAAAGAAGAGGAUUUAAUAUAGGUGAAGGCCUUGAGUGGCUAAAACUUUAGGGACAACCACAUAAGCUAAAGAUUUUUAAGGAAGACCUGAAUUUUAAUCAUACAUUUUACCUUCUCUAUUUCAACAUAUCAGUAUGCAUAAACAAGUAGAAAAUAAAAGGACAGAACAAAU